GCCACUGAAAAUGGCGGUGUCUAUUCAAAGUCAUCCGGAGUUGGAGCCGUUUAUGCUCUCCAAUGUACAACUCACUGGCACUACAAUUGGUGCAGGAGCCUACGGCAGCGUGGAGGAGGUGGCCGUGCCCGGAGCCAUCUGCGCCGCCAAAACGAUCCACGACUUCUUCCUAAAAACGCCUCCCAAGUUCCGCCAGCCGCCAUCCGCAAGGCUGAGACGCAGUUCGUGAGAGAAUGUCAGCUUAUGAGUACCCUCCGCCACCCGAACAUAGUCCAGUUUCUUGGUGUGUAUCCCAUGCCCGGCUCGCGACUGCCAGCCCUCGUCAUGGAGCGACUGCUGACGAGCCUUCACGACUUGCUGGACCCAGAAACGGCGGACCCUACUCCCCCGCCUGAAACGCCGAAGGCCUUCUUCCCUUUGAAACUGAAGUGCUCGAUAUUGCACGACGUUGCGUGUGGCCUAGCCUAUCUUCACGAGCGAUUGCCUCCCAUCAUUCACCGCGACUUGUCGGCCAGAAACGUUCUCCUGAACUCGGGGAUGGUGGCCAAGAUAGCAGACCUGGGCGUGGCUCGUAUCGUGCCUCGUAUGAGAGCUGCAGCCACCAUGACAAAGGCACCUGGUGCUGGCGUUUAUAUGCCCCCAGAGGCUCUAGAAGACAGGGAUCAAGGUGAAGAAGAAGAAGUUUCGAAAGCAAAAUACAGCUCAAGCAUUGACAUCUUCUCAUUUGGUGUUGUUGCCAUUUUUACACUCUGCGAAACCUUCCCCAGCAAAUUGCUAGCUCCUAAUUAUCGUGAGCAUGGUCGUUUGGUUGGUCGGACUGAGUUGGAGCGACGAGAGAGGUACAUGAGGAUGAUCUGCAGGCAGCUACGCGAGAAGCAUCCUCUCCUCCAGAUGAUCGAGGGGUGUCUGAACUUCCCUGAAAACCGGCCAAGCAUUCGUGAGGUGCUGCAUCUGUUGGAGGAGGCCAGAGCUGAAGUGAGAGAUGAGCCGACAGACAUGAACAAGCUGGAGCUGUUGCGGGCUCUGCAGAGCCAAAAGCAGCGUAUCUACCAGAUGAGACAGAGAGAGACUGAGUUAAGCCAGCAGCUACAUUCUAGUGAGACGGAAAAACAAACCAUCAGAAAACAGCUAACUAGCUCUCAAAGAUGGAUUCAGGAAUUAAGGGAACAGGAAGCUGGUUUGGUUGAGGCCACGAACAGGGCUCAGCAGCAACUGAGACAGAAGGAGGAACAUCUGCAAUCAAGUGAGGCUCUAGUGGCUGACUUCCAGAAGGCCCUCCAGCAGAGAGACUCAGAGGUUGAGGCACUAAAGAAACAGAUCAAUUCUAGUCGGGGAGUAGCAACCACCGAGUAUGAGAUACCCAAGUCCUUAUUUUCAACCCAGCCUUAUUACCAUCAAGAUGUGCAUUCCUCCAGAAAGUUCCAAUGUCGCCUUCUGCAGACAGCUCCACGUGGAAUGACCAGAGGAUCUGCAACAAGCGAUGGGCAAUUUGCGUAUUUUACCCCAUCUGGUACCAAUUUAGUCUACAGAUACAAGUUGCGUGCAGAAAUAUGGGAAAGACUGCCUUCAUGUCCACAGCGAGACUCCGGGCUAGCCAUUGUUAAUGGGGAAUUGCUAGCCGUGGGAGGAAAGUACGUUUCGUAUUAUGCUAACAAAAUAUUCACCCUACGACAAAUGAAAUGGGUUGAGGAAUACCCUCCAAUGAUAACUGCACGCUCCUGUCCUGCUGUAGUCAGUAUCUCAGAUUGCAUCGUAGCAAUUGGAGGGUAUGCCGGCAUUUGGAUUUCUUCAGUUGAACUCUUAAACCUUCGUGGAGAACUUUGGGAGUGGUUGGAAAUGGGGGACUUGCGACCCCUCCGCAACCCCUCUGCCUUGAUAUGUGGUGAAGAGCUGUACAUAAUUGAAAGUGAUUCAUAUUUGCAAGGCUAUUCUUUUUCCCUGAAAAAUCUACCUUACAUUUCUUCAUCGGUUUAUGGACAUCUUCAGUAUGAUAUUUCAUACUCCUUGCGGCCUCUUCCUCAUUUCUCUUUAAAAGCAAAUUCAGUAACAGCUGCUUCUCUUCGGGGGAAGCUGGUUCUGAUUGGAGGUGAACGAUUGGGGUCACCUGUCAGCACCAUUCACCAACUUCAGGGAGGGCAGUGGGUUGAGAUUGGGAACAUGCGCAAUGCCAGAAAAAAUUGUUUGGCUAUCAACAUUUCUGAGGAAAAGAUACUAAUAGUGGGAGGAGUUGGUCGACGUGGGGUAGAAAACUCAGUUGAAGAAUGUUCUUCCUCAUAAUUAUUUAAACAGGAACAUGUUAUUGUUAUAGCCUAUAGCUAACUUUGGUAUGUAAUUUUUGUACAUGUCUGAUGUUCUCGUAGAGUAUAUACUUUGUAGUAGAUCGCUCUUGGCGCACUGUCUGCAUGUACUUUGUUACAAAGUCCUCUAACAUCAUCUAUGUUAGCUAUAUCAGUGAGAGGGC